ACUACGGAGUGAAAGAGAGAAACUUGGACCUAAAAGAAGAGCUUUUUUGGGCUCCCAACUGCUGGCAAAGAAGAAGAAGGAAGAAGGAAGAAGGAAGAAGGAAGCAAAACUAAACAAAGUUCGAUUUACAAAAGUCAUCUUAACUAGUAGUCUAGCACUACGGUCUUCUCCUUCUCCAUUCCCCUCUGCGAAACCCUAAAAAGCGAUGAAGCCUCCUCGUUAGUUUAUUAUUACGCGUCAGAACAGAUUGUUUAAUUUGAAGAAGAACCACCGCGACACCCCCCCCUUGCUAGGGUUUAUCUCUCUCCGAUUUCUCUCUCUCUGGGUAAAUGGCGUCAUUGAUUUUCCCAGUAGACAGUUAGUAAUUGCUUUGCAGCCUAAUUUAAGGGUGAAAAAUGAGUGGUUCCGGGAGAAAACGUGUUUCCAAGUGGGAUACCAAGGAAGAAGAUACUCAGCAUCCUAGUGGGAAUGAUUACGCUGGGAAAUCAGGUUUCCGUGACAAUGAUCCCGAGCACGCACGGUUCUAUCCAGAGGGAAAUGGUAGAAAUGGGAGUAGGAGGGCUGGUCCGGAUGAUGAUGAUGAGCAUCUGAAACCUAGGCAACACUCAGGAGAGGCUUGGCCAUCCAGAAGCAGAGCUUCACAUGAAGACGGUGAUGCCAUGAUGGGUUACUAUGAUGAUCCUAGAAACUCUUCUGAACAAGAUGAAAGCAGACAACAACAGUAUUUCCGCCAAUCAGCUUCCAAGGACCGGGCUAGAACCCGUAGGAGUGGAAGUAGAAGUAACAGCAGGAGCCGGAGCCGAAGCCCAUCGCAGAGAGUAAGGCGAGAUGGAGGAGGAUCCUAUGACAGGCACAAGACGAGAGCACGGGUUUCCCCAAGGUCAGGGAGAGAAUUUGAUGGUAGACACAAUAGAGAUGGUGACUAUGAAUGGGAGGGUACUAAUAGAAAGACAAGGGAUACCAAAUAUUAUACUGAAGAUUCCCGGGGACAACAGCCCAUAAGGGUCGGUGGCAGAACUGACUAUAGCUCUGAUUUUCCGGAGGAUAAUACUAAUUCAAGAAGAGAAACUUCAGAUCCAAUCUCGAGAAACUACAGAAAUGAAGCAGGGAGAGACAGAGAAACACAUAGAAGGGAUGCUCCCGAGGGAGAGUUCCACAGGAGCUCCAAUAUUCCAUGCAGAUUUUUUGCUUCAGGUUCAGGGUAUUGUCGCAAUGGAAACAAUUGUAGGUUUUCUCACCAUGGUGCUCCUUCUGCAAGGGGAAGUCCUGAGAGAAAACCGCAAGACGAGAUGUAUAGUAGACAUGACAACAAUAAUUAUAGUGGCACAACAGAGAGGAUGCGGAACAGUCAAAGAUGGAAUGAUGUUGAAAGAUCAGAUGCAAGAAAGUCCAAUGAGGUCGAAAUUUCUCGUGUCAGUAAAGGUUUGUCUGACGCCAAGGGGAAUAAUAGCAGCUGGAUUGAUGAUAUGGAGAUGUCUCCAGACUGGAAUUACGGUGUUAAAACUGUCAAGAAACCUGUGAACGAAGAACAUGGUAGCAUAUCUCAGAGCUCACAAUCACAAGUCCUUAAAGAUACUUUGGCACCUGCUUAUGAGCAUGGUGUUGCUUCAAUAGCUCAGCAAGAUGGAAAUCGAAGGACUGUUGGUAUGUUUUCAACCGUGGGUGAAAAGACUGUAGCUUCUUCGCAUCACAACAAUUUCAUGAACAACCUAGCUACCUCAGCUCCUCCGGUCCAAGCAUUCAAUCAGAACACUGAGAAUCAUAUUGCAGUGCCUUACCAAAGCACACCACUAGCUGUUGGAGGAAGCCAAGUGCUGCUACCUGCUGCUACAAAUCUUCCCGGUGGCUUAAACUCGAGCAAUCCUGAAAACGGAAAUGCUCUAAACAAUGCUAUGCAGGUGCCUGAAGUAUAUGGAGUAAAGGAACAAUCUUCACAUACUCAAAGUGACUUCCCCAGUAAUAAUACUAUCCAUACCGGAGGAGUUCCAGCGGUUCCUGCAUUACAGAUACACAACAGCGGGGCACAGCAAGUGCGGAUUCCCGAAAAUUUGGUCUCAUUAGCUGUAAAUCCAAAGGCUUCAUCUGAGGGAAACCGGGACAAAAAGACAGAUGAAGAAGCUGGUAAAAAGCCAGACGGGAAAAAGACUGGAGAAGAAGAAGACAACGCCGAGGAUGCUGAGAACGUAGUAGAGGAAGAAGAAGAUGAUGGGGCGGGCGAUGAGAAUAACAAGAAAGAUAAAGAUCCCAAGGGAAUGAGAGCGUUUAAAUUUGCUCUGGUGGAGAUCCUCGGUCAAACGUUCUUGGGUUAUAAUGGAGCAUUGGUGCUUAACAGUUCUGUUACAGAGAAUAAGGAAUGUGAUAUAUUUGAUGGGAGUUGGGUUGUUGAUGAAAAGUAUCCGUUGUAUAAUGCUUCAGAGUGUCCAUUUCUAGAGAAAGGAUUCAAUUGCUUAGCGAAUGGGCGUGAACACGAUGAGUAUUUGAAGUGGAGGUGGAAGCCUAAGCAUUGUACUGUUCCGAGAUUUGAUGUACGUGAUGUGUUGGAGAGGUUAAGAGGUAAAAGGAUAGUUUUUGUGGGAGAUUCGAUGAGUAGAACGCAGUGGGAGUCUUUGAUAUGUAUGUUAAUGACUGGUUUGGAAGAUAAAGACAGUGUUUAUGAAGUCAAUGGGAACAUUAUAACGAAAAGGAUACGGUUUCUAGGUGUGAGAUUUGACACCUUUAAUUUCACAGUUGAGUUCUACCGAUCGGUGUUCUUGGUUCAGCCUGGGAAGCUGCGUUGGCACGCGCCAAAACGUGUUAAGUCAACGUUAAAGUUAGACGUUUUGGAUGUGAUUAAUCAUGAAUGGAGCUCAGCGGAUUUUCUCAUUUUCAAUACUGGUCAAUGGUGGGUGCCUGGGAAGCUUUUCGAAAUUGGUUGUUAUUUUCAGGUUGGAAACUCAUUGAGGCUCGGAAUGUCGAUUCCUGCAGCGUAUAGAGUAGCAUUAGAGACAUGGGCAUCAUGGAUGGAGAAUACAAUUGAUCGAAACAAAACUCGUGUUUUGUUUCGUACAUUUGAGCCAUCUCACUGGAGUGAUCAUAGAUCAUGCAAUGUGACAAAGUAUCCAGCUCCAGACACUAAGGGGAGAGACAGAAGCAUAUUCACUGAAAUGAUCAAAGAAGUAGUUAAGAACAUGACAAUUCCCGUAUCAGUAUUGGAUGUAACUUCGAUGUCAGCAUUUAGAAGUGAUGGUCAUGUCGGCUUAUGGAGCGAUAAUCCAUUGGUACCUGAUUGUAGUCAUUGGUGUCUACCUGGAGUACCUGAUAUUUGGAAUGAAAUCUUACUCUUCUUCCUCUUUAGACAACAAGUUCAGUAAUAUGGAUAAUUGCAAGUUUGUUGCAACAUAGAAAAAGAUUAACAAGACCCUCGAAGACUGUAUCUCUCAGAGCUAAAUUGCUCAUGUUUCUUUUGGGAGCUAAAGACAGAGAAAGGGGUCUCAAAUUUUGGUGAAAGUUAAAAAUGAUUCUUAAUUCAUUCUUUUAUUGUUUAUUCUACGUUCUUCUUUUAUUGUAUUAUCGAUUCAAAGAGAGUAAAGAGGAUCUUGUUCAAAGCUGAAACAGUUUUGUACCACAGCAUGUAAUGACUUGGUCAUGCCGCCAAUCUACUUAAACAGUUUAUUGUAUUAUACUAUGUUGGUAUAAAAUGAUCUGAUUACUUCUCAGCAGGUAA